UCCAAUUCAGUCCGCAAACAUACAAUGUUCAACUUUUCUGGUAGAAGGAUAGCACAUGUCUAUUAAUAAGCGGAGGAAAAUAUUUUGGCAUCAACGCUUCCUUAAAUCAUGAAUGCACUAAAGAAAGUGUUCGGUAAAGGUCCCCAGAAGAAGCCAAGUGGUGAUGGUGCCAAGAAUGACAUACUUUUAGUGGCUGCCAUUGAUUUUGGAACAACUUUUUCGGGAUGGUCGUUUUCGUUCAGAGACGUUUUUAAAUCAGAACCUACAAGAGUAUCAACAAAAUAUUGGCAUGGUAAUCAACACAUUUCAUUAAAAGCACCCUCGAGUGUAUUGAUAAAACCUGAUGGACAGACGUUCAGCGCGUUUGGAUACCAGGCUGAUACCAAGUACAAUGAACUUGUGGAAAAGAAUGAACACAAUGAGUGGUACUAUUUCACUCGCUUUAAGAUGCAAUUAUACAAACAGAAGGUUAAACGAACCACAGAAAUUAAAGAUGCAGGUGGGAAGCCACUACCGGCCAUGACAGUUGUCACGUCUUUAAUUAAAUUUCUUAAAGACGAUCUUUUGAAAGAUAUCCAAACACAAACGAGUAUGAUUAUGAGCCCCAAAGAUGUCAAUUGGGUAUUGACUGUUCCUGCUAUUUGGGAUGACGACGCUAAACACUUCAUGCGUGUAGCUGCUGAACAAGCAGGUAUUUUGGCGGAAUACCUGACACUUGCCCUAGAGCCGGAGGCAGCUUCCAUUUUCUGCCGGCUUCUACCAGUGGAGCAAAGUGGAGGAGAGUACUCGCUGUCAACAUUUACAGGUGGCACCAAGUUCCUCGUUGUUGACGCAGGAGGUGGUACAGUCGAUAUUGCUGUUCAACAGGUGACGGAAACUGGUUUGAUAAAGAACAUUCACGUAGCCAGUGGCGGAGACUGGGGUGGAUCGAAGGUGGAUGAAGAAUUCUUCAAGUUUAUAACCAACAUCAUUGGAGACAAGGCAUUCGAAGUGUUCAAGAAUACUUGUAGAGAGGAUUUCACAUUCUUGACGGGCGACUUCGAAAUUAAGAAAAGAACUGUUACACUGUCGACCGACACGGUUGUUUUUCGGCUUUCUUCAUCGUUGUCAAGCACCGUUUUGGAAUGUACAGGGAAGACGCUACAAACACUUAUAGAGGAAUCAAUAUACGCUGGCAAAGUAAAACUUAUUGCGGACAAACUCAAAGUCGAUACUGAUAUAAUGAAAGAUUUAUUUGUGCCACAAAUACGAGCAAUAACUGACCACAUUGCAAAGCUGAUAGAGCAGAAGUUUAAUGGUCUCGAUGCCAUUGUUUUAGUUGGGGGCUUUUCAACGUGUAGACUGCUACAGAAUGCUGUAAUAGAGAAAUUUAGACACUGCAGAGUGAUUAUACCAAAUGAAUCAGAUUUAGUCGUACUAAAAGGGGCCGUGCUUUUUGGACAUAGACCAGAUCAGAUCACUCAGCGUAUCAGCAAGUACACGUAUGGAGUUUCUACCAACUUGCCUUUUGAUGACAAAAUACACCCAAGACAUCUGAAGAAGAUUGAUGAACAAGGGAAAGCAAUUUGCCCAACAUGCUUUUGCAAACAUAUUGUUUCUGGGCAAACGCUUGUAGCUGGCGAACCCCAAAGUAGCAAAUGGUAUUCACCAAUUUCGUCCGCAAGCAGAACCAUUACUUUUCCGAUAUAUAGAACACUUUCUACAAAUCCAGUGUUUGUAACUGAGGAGGGUUGUCAACUGGCGGGAAAGCUUCGAUUGCCGCUGGCUGGAAGUGGUCUUGACCGGAAUGUUAAAGUGGAGAUGAUUUAUGGAGAGACAGAGAUCAAAGUGGAAGCAAAGGAAAUAGCCACGGGGAAAGUACAUCACCUUAGAGUCGAUUUUCUUAAUUAAACGGUCUAGCUUUUGGAGAUGGUUUUAAGUUGAAUGUUGUGUAUUAUUUAUUUAGGUCUGUUUGUGCUUUACUCAAAGACUUCGGGUUUGAAACUAUGAUUAUAGCAAUUUGAUAAUUGCUCUGACUAUUCCGUUAAUGCAAACUGCUAUCAUCUUACACUUAAAACAAGUUCAAUAUAUUUAUAAAUAUAUUGAACUUGUUUUAAGUUCAUUCAUAAAUAAAAGUACAUUCAACAAACAGUACGUACAAGUGCAUUGCCACUCUAUUAAGAGUUAUAAGAGACUAUCAAUUUUAUAAUACAACUAAGACACAUAUCAAUACAUCUUUAUAAAGAUAUGAACAAAAUACCCUUUCUAAUCCCUUUUUAAAAACUGUUUUAAGACAAUGAAAAGAAAAUUCUGAUAUUGUAAAUUAGUACUAAUGCACAAAUAAGAAAUAGGAGUAAAAAACGAAAUCCACAUAUGAUCAGAUCAUUUUUGGUCGGAUUAGCAAAGCCAUUUUACGUAUGACUUAAAAAGUUACAUAUAUGCUAAUAAAAAAAGGGGGAGAUAUUAUCUACAUAGAUUCUAAAAUUAUCUAUGAAAUAAAAUAGCUAAAUAUUACAUACACAAUGUCUUGACAUUUGCUUUCAGCUAAAUUAAACUUUUGAUUCAAAAUACCACGGCAGAUAGCAAAUCAUGUUGUUAUGCGUUCGUUUGAAAUCAUAUAUAUACACACACUACCUGUACAAAAGAUCAGUUCUGGCUUUUAUAAUCAAGUAACAAUUUUUGGCACUUAUUCUUAACAUAUUUUCGUACAAGAGAACAAAUUUCAAUUUGUCUUGAUCACACAUAUUACUUAAUGAACUAUCAAGCUCAAUGGCUUUUCUAACAAUAUCAUUUUUGAAACUCUGGUAAGAAAGACAGUGAAAAUGUACAUGAAUUUAAUUUUCUAUGGCAAGUUUGCAUAUAGGACAUAUACAUAGAUUUUCAGGGAAGUUUUCAUUACUUCCCGUUUCCAACCUAAGUGGAGCAACUCCACACCUAAAUUUUGUCAUUGCUGACUUGUGCUUUCUAGCUAUACUGGAGCAUUUAACAAUAGUUUUCAGUUUCAUAUUCAACUUUUAAUAGCCUAUAUGUUCUAAGUUUAUUUCUUGCUUGACCAGAUGGACCUAUAACAUUAUUUAUACUCACUUUUAUACUUCAUAUUCAAUGACCCAUCUUACGAACAGUUAUCGAGAAUAUGCAAAGAAAAAACUGUUAUAAAUUAUCAUAUGACGCACCAAACUUUUUUUUAAAUUAUUUGAAAUUUAAAGAUGCAAUAUUAGUUUCAGGCACAGUAUGGUUUUUUGCGUCUCUUAUACCAUGUUUUUGCUCUGUUGGUAGGGAAAAGAUGUGCAAGAAAAAAAUGAAUAAAUAUUUUGAUAAAGAAGAUGUUUCCUGGUAUGUGGUAGUUUAAUGUUAUCAUGUUUUUUUUAAUGUUUUCUCUUCUCUUUUUAUAUCGCAAAUAAUGCAAAAUGUAUAUAAAAAUAUUAUCGUUUGUAUCUGUACUUUGUCAAUUUGCCGUGUAUUGCUGUGUAUUUCGUCAUGUAUAAUGUAUA